AGGCGGGCUCCGGGUGGUCCGUUCAGGGGCGCCGCGAGGGUCUUGCCGGCUUCUGCUCCGUCGGCCUCGCCGGGAGCUGUGCACGGCGAUGUCGCGCGCUUCAGAUGCUCCCGUGGGCGCGGCACCGUCUCUUCCCGCCGCGAGCUCGUUUUCUGAAGUAACCGGGAGCCACGCAGAAGCAAGCCUAGUGGGUAGUACAGCCACGAAGGCAGGGAUCGCUCGUGGGGCGGCCGGAUAGCCGCGAGACAGAACUCUCGCUUUUGCUGGGCGCAGGCUCGCAGAGCAGGCUCAGGAAGGGCAUCUCGACGGUCCUGAAUUCUGCCCCAAAAAUCGUGCAGUGAAACCAGCCGGGUAGAACUCGUGCUUCCGAAGCUGGCCCCAUUCCGGUGUUUACGUCUAAAAAAUAAAAACCAGUUCGGUUUUUAAAUGUUUCCUGGCUACCUGGAAAAGAAGAAGAGCAACAAUGGAGCGGCUGUUUGCCUUGCCACCCUCCGCCCAGGCGCUGAAGAUCCCAGACAAAGGAGUUUCCCAAAACACACGGGGAAAAGGGGGGGUGGGGGUGGGAGGCACGAGUCUGCAGCAAUAACUCGGGGUCCAGAGAAGCGAAUCUGCAGACACAGACCCACCGCUGCCUCCGCGGGCCUCGGGAGCUUCCCAGAGCUGCUGGUACUCAGCAACCAAGAGGAGUGGUUCAAGGCGGAGCUGGGGAGCCAGGAAGGCUACGUGCCCAAGAACUUCAUAGACAUCCGAUUUCCCGAGUGGUUUCAUGAGGGCCUCUCCAGACACCAGGCCGAGAACUUGCUCAUGGGCAAGGAAGUUGGGUUCUUCAUCAUCCGGGCCAGCCAGAGCUCCCCAGGGGACUUCUCCAUCUCCGUCAGGCAUGAGGAUGACGUCCAGCACUUCAAGGUCAUGCGUGACAACAAGGGGAACUACUUCCUGUGGACCGAAAAGUUCCCCUCCCUAAACAAGCUGGUGGACUACUACAGGACGACGUCCAUCUCCAAGCAGAAGCAGAUCUUCCUGAGGGACAGGGCCCGAGAGGAUCAGGGUCGCCGAGCCAACAGCCUGGACUGGAGGCCCCAGGGAGGCCCCCACCUCAGCGGGGCCACGGGAGAAGAGAUCCGGCCGGCCGUGAACCGGAAGCUGUCGGACCACCCGCCCCCCGUGCCCUCGCAGCACUCCCCGCACCCGCCGCCGCCCCAGCACUACCCACAGCACCACCAUUUUCACCAGGAUCGCCGUGGGGGCAGCCUGGACAUCAACGACGGGCACUGUGGCGUGGGCAUGGGCAGUGACGCGAAUCCGGCCCUCAUGCAUCGGAGACACACGGACCCGGUGCAGCUGCAGGUGGCGGGGCGCGUGCGGUGGGCGCGGGCGCUGUACGACUUCGAGGCCCUGGAGGACGACGAGCUGGGCUUCCGCAGCGGGGAGCUGCUGGAGGUCCUGGACAGCUCCAACCCGUCCUGGUGGACCGGCCGCCUGCACAGCAAGCUGGGCCUCUUUCCCGCCAACUACGUGGCGCCCACGACGCGCUGAGCCCGCCAGGGUCCCGACGCCUCUGUCUGAAGCCGCCCGCGCGGGGGUGGGCAAGGAAAGGAGCCGGGGCACGUGACUGCACACGCACGCAUGCGCAGACGGGCGUGCGUCCACCACAGUUUGUCGUCGUAAUUUAUUGGCAGUUGUCUUGGUGAACGAGCUGUAGGAGGAGGAACUCGGGCGGAGAGCAACAGCCGCACUUAAUGUCCUCCUCCCUCCCUCAGGGCUGUGCGGAAGACCGGGGGCAGGGGGCGGGAGGGGUGGGGGCAGGGAGACGAACCAGAACUUCCUCCUGUCCGCGAGCUCUGGCCAGUUCCUCCUUGGCUUGGGAAUCUUCACGGAGAGAGCGAAGCGAGGCGACAGCCGACAGCGGGCAUCGGACACUGGGCCGCAGGUGGGGCGGGUCGAGCACACCUGCCAGGCCCGCUCACCUGCGGGGUUCCCGGGGCGGCUUCGCUCCGCCUCCAGGGGGUGGGCCCUGCUCGAUGAGAACCACCGGCACGGAGCCAGCCGAGCGAGCGGGGCGCAGCGUGGAGAGGCCUUGCCCGCGCACGGCCGGCCUCCUGGCCCCGGCCCAGCUGCCUUCCGCCCCCCAGAGGAGCGUCCCUUGCACCAUCCUCUCGCCUGCGCUGACGGGCAGUGUCUGCAGCAGAGCCCGCGCUGGGAGGCCGAGGGAUUUUCCCAGCUGCCCGUGGCUCACGUGGGCGUCUGCUGUGUCUCCCCAGCUGCAGGGAACGCGACUCCCUGGACCCUGAGGGCCUGCGAGCAGGCGCUAGGGACGCUGGCUCUGAGGGCGCUGUUCGGGGCUCCGCUUGGUCUCCCUCCUGAUUUUCUGCUUCGCAGGUGCCUUGCCCGGUGGCACAGACAGAAGGCCGCUUUGUAAGAGCACUGGCGACCGACCCCGGGCCAGCAGCGGGCUGGGCUGCGAGCCUCCCCUCGGGGCUGCCCAGCGCCGGAGGACCCCUAGCCUCCCUCCUCACCUCAGGCUGGAGUCUUGUCCUGUGCCCACCUGGCCGGGCUCAGCGCCUUCCCGGGCAGCCUGGGAGCAAACAUGGCUGCGUGGAGGGCACUUAGUGUGUGUGCAUGCGUGCAGAGGCGUGUGUUCCGUACGUGUGUGUGCAGCUUGUGUGGGUGUGCAUGCGUGUGGAUGGGAAAGAGAGCUGCGGGGGGGGGGGGCUGUUCUCGUCCCCAGUCGGCCCUGCUCUGGGGGGGGGGGGGGCUUCAUCCAAGGACCUAUGAGAAGAGAGGGUCUCUGAGAAGAGAGGGUCUCAGGCUCCGAAGUGACUGCCUGUGUGAUGCAAACUGUGUUCCUCGUGCCUCUGAUUCUACGACUGUUUGGUCCCCGUGUGAGGACUGGGAGGGAAGAGAAGGCAGCAAACGGCCUGAAGACAGGGCAGGGGGAGCUCCCGCAGGCUGUGGGUCAGGGAGCACGUGGGGACCGGAACCUGAGCCGAGAAGCCACAGAGCAGGGAGGGAGCAAAGGCGACAGAGCCGCCCGCCAGCUGCACGUGUCUGCCUGCCUCUGGGGGCAAUUCCACAGAGGCAGGUGGUUCGGUUCUGGUCUAGGCUGUGGUUCCGCGAAGUCGCUGCUGGAGGAAGCGGCCAGGAAGACGGCGCCCUUGCCCUUCUGGGCUGGGGGUGGGGGUGGGGGGCUGUGGUGCCCCACACUGAGGGCCGGCGUGGGACCACAGAGGCCGAGCACUGGGCUGGCGGGCUGGGCAGAGCUGUUGGAACUCCUGGGACUGGGCGUCCUGCUCUUCCAAGGCCGCAGUGGGGGGGAUGGCGGAGGGUCACCUGCUGAGGCCCAGAACCGCCUUCACCCUGUCAGUUCCGAAGGCAGGAGUGGGAGAGCCCCCCAACCGCCCAGGAGGAGAUGAGCACAGGGGCUGAGCCACCCUGGGGGGUGCAAGGAGCUGCUCCCCGCCCUCCCCUGUCACCCCAGGUCCUAUGGUUGGUGAGUCAGUGCCUGGGGAGGGCCUGUUGCCAGCCACUCAGCAGCGCAUCACCUGCGACUCUGCAGGACUGGGGAGCGGGACUUUCAGAGAAAAGCCAGUUCCUGUUGGACCUGCAGGGGCCUUCUCAUCGCCUCCUCCGGGUCUCACUGCACUUCAAAGACCCCCCCCCCCCACUGCCCACCUGUGGAUUGCCCCAGGGUGAUUCAAGCUGCUGCUGCUCAGAAUUCAAGUCUCAAGGGCUAGCUGGGGCUCAUCGGGUGCGAGGCAGAGUGAGUCAGUCCCGUGUCUCUAAUAGUCUCCCGGGCGCUGAGGCCACACUGAGUCACGGGGGCCAUGAGCUAAACGGCUACAAAAUCUAGCUGGAUCCUUUUUCUGGAGAUAGGCAGCCAGUUUUCUUUGUUGCCAGCCAGUCUGGUCUGGGGACAGGCACAGUUCUGGACAGUCAGCAUCGUCCGCAUCUGGCGGCGGAGCGAUUUCCUCACCUUAGCGUCUGCAUCUCCAGGAGGGGCUGAAAACCGAGAGGCGUCCGGAUGGAAUGCAAACAGGGAUUUCCUGAGAGCAGUUGUUUAUGUUCACGGAUUCAUUCUUCAUUUAUCUGGAAGGCAGAGCGACAGAAAAACCCAUCUACUGCUCCACUCCCCAAAUGUCUGCAACAGCCAGGGCUGGGCCAGACCAAAGCCAGGAGCCAGGGACUGCCCCCGGGUCUCCUGUGUGAGUGACAGGGACGUGGGGCAGCACCUGCUGCCCCCAGGUACGGGAACUGGGUCGGAAGGAGAGGUGGGGUUCCAUCCCAGGCAUUCUGAUACGGGAUGCGGUCCGUCCCGUGUGUCUGCUGUGGCUUAACCUGCCUCACUUGAUGCCUUCCCCCAUGGUUAUUUAAAUAUCAGCAAGGACUUCAGAAGAAGUUGUGAAAGCUUCUCAGGAAAUCGUUAAACAUGAGGGUGACUCCCAUCAGGUGGGGCCCUACGUGACCUAAGUAGACUUCAGCUAACCCAAGGCAAAGCAGCUCACGUCGAGCACAGAUGGGCACGGUCCGGAUAUUUGCUGUUUGCCCUGUCUCAGCAUCUAUGCCUGUGCCAGGACAAGGGUGUGAGAAAAGCCCUGAUUGCCCAGAACCUCCUGGGACAGGCGUUUAGCCUUGCGGUUAAGGUGCCCGCGUCCCACAUCCAAGUGCCCGGGUUUGAUACCGGCGCUGGCUGCUGACUGCGGCUUCCCGCUAAUGGCUCAGUGAUGGCUCAGCAGUCGAGUCCCUGCCCUGACGUGGGAGACCUGGAUGGAGUUUCUGGAUCUCUGCUUCUGGCGGGUCCAGUGCAGGCUGUUGUGGGCAUUUAGAGAGUGAAAUGGAUGCUGGGAAGUUUGUGUGUGUGUGUGUGUGUGUGUGUCCAUUUCUCUCUCAAAGAGGCAAAAACCUUGCCCCAAACUCAUUUUUAGCUCAGAUGCCAGAGAGCUCUUCUUACAAACAAAACAAACCUCUCCCCAUCCCAUUGCACUGAGGCUCAAAGCUGAGGUCUUAGCCACGGAGGUCUGCCCCUCGCCCCUUUGCGUUCAUGUCCCUGUGCCAGGCCUGCUCCCACCUCCCGGUGCCCGAGGACUCGGCCCGCGAGGCUUUCGCACCUGCUGAUGCCUCCGCCUGGAACGCAUGGCUCCUCUUCCUCACCUGCUUGCUCUCGCUCGUCUCCAGAUCUGAGUUCAAUGUCACUUCCUCCCACAGCCCUGCCCUGACAGCUAAUUUAAGGUAGUCCAUCCUGGCCGACUCAGGAACACUGUGCUGCCCCACAUGUGGGCGGGAGUGCUGGACGGGGCCCUGUGACGAUUAGACUGUGCGCUCCGUGGGGGCAGGAGUUACUCCGCUCUGUAAGCGGCUGCACACGCAGCGUCUAGCGCUGUGCCUGGCCCAGAAGCUCAGUGACUUCUUGCCCAAUGAACACACAAGUGAAACUGC